AUGAAUUUCUAUCAGAAGUCUUUGAGAUAUUUCAGUGUGUCAUCGAAGGCAUUGGCAAAAAAGAAGAAUGUCAGUGUAACUAAACCUAAAUAUUUGGGUCGUCCAAGUAAUAAUUUGACGCUGGGUGUUGUUGGUUUGGCAAACGUUGGUAAAUCAACAUUUUUCCAAGCUAUGACAAAAACUAGUUUAGGUACAGCAGCCAAUUAUCCUUUUGCUACUAUAGAUCCUGUGGAAUCAUUAGUGGUUGUUGAAAGCCCAAAAUUAAAUCAUUUGGGACAUUUGUAUGAAUCACAGAAGAAGCUUCCUACAAUUUUAAAUAUUCUUGAUAUUGCUGGGUUAACGAGAAACGCGGCAAGCGGUGAAGGGUUGGGUAAUAAGUUCUUAUCUGAUAUAAGACAAGUAGAUGGAAUAUUUCAAGUGGUUCGUGGAUUCAGAGACGAUGAUAUCAUUCAUAUCGAAGAAAAUAAAGUUGAUCCUAUCCGUGAUAUGGAUAUUGUCACAGAAGAAUUAAUACUAAAAGAUCUUGAAUUUGUUGAGACGGGAUUAGAAAAAGUCGGAAAGUUAAUAAAGAGACCGCACAUAGAUAAGGCACAGGUCAAACUCGAGAUAGACACUUUGAACAAGAUUCAAGAUUUAUUGUACGAGAGUCGUAAAAUAUCAACUGGACAGUGGACGGAUGAAGAAAUAGAUAUAAUCAAUACUUAUAAUUUUUUAACUGCCAAGCCAACUGUGUAUUUAUUGAAUGUUAGCGAGGAAGAUUUUGUCAACCAACUGAAUGAAUUUAAACAAGACGUUGAACAGUGGAUAAAUGAUAAUUGUCCAAAUGAUAUACUUUUAAUGUUUUCAGCUUCCUAUGAAUCUAAAAUAAAUGAAUGCACGACUCCCGAAGAGUUGAACCAGUUUCUUGCCUUACACAAUAACAAAGCAAGUGCAAAAUCUGACAUAGUUGACCAGAUGAGAAGUUGCUUAAAUCUAAUAUCAUUCUAUACGUGUGGUCCCAAAGAGGCAAGACAAUGGUCCAUUCGCGAGGGAAGCACAAUGCCAGAGGCUGCUGGCUUAAUUCAUACUGAUCUUCAGAGGACAUUUAUUUCGGCUCAAGUUUACAAGUUUGAUGACUUAGUAAAUUUAUCCCCACCAUUCAACGAAGCAUCACUUAAAAAUAGUGGUAAGCAACUCAAAUGUGGCAAGAACUAUGUAGUGCAAGAUGGAGAUGUCGUUAUUAUUAAAGCUGGUAAUGCAAAUGCCCGAUAA